UAUUUUUCUCCCUCUAUUCCUCUUCUCUCUCUGGUUUUGGUUUUGGUUUGGAUGUUUGAUUUUCAUCUCAGUUUGUUAGGUCAAGCAUUUAUUUGCAGUCUCCCCAGUGAUUCGUGUGCCAUCUCUCACUCCAUCAAUCGGUUUAUGACAUCUUCUCUCUCUUCCUAUCACCUUCAGCUCCUUUGCCAUGGAUGUCGCACAUUCAGUUGAAACGCUAAUUGACUCUACAACCUCUAAGAUACAACAGCUUCAGAAAGCAUUUGCUGAGCUUGAAAGUCACAAAGCACUGACACUUAAUUUGAAAUGGAAAGAACUUGAAGAACAUUUCCAUGGGCUAGAGAAAUCCUUGAAGAGGCGUUUUCAUGAGUUAGAAGACCAAGAAAAAGAAUAUGAAUCCAAAACAACAGAGGCCCGUCAAAUGUUAGAGAAGCGGGAAGCUGCUAUUUUGGCUAAAGAGCAGGCCUCACUGGAGAAUCUUCAAAAUAAAAGAGAUGCUGCAGCAUUUGCCGUUGCCAAUGCACGAGAAAAGCAUAGGAAGGUGUCAUCAGAAAUGCCUGCUUGCCCUGAUGACUAUCAAAGUGGGGAACUAAAUGUGGUAGAUAAACCACCUGAUUCUUUGACUAGUGAAAAUAACUCAGAAGAUUUGAAAGAGACUCAUGAUGAUGGACACUUUGGGGUCAAGUCUUAUCCUCAAUUAAUACAAUUAUGUGAAGAGAUGGACUCAGCAGGGCUGCACAAAUUUAUAUCAGACAACCGGAAGAACCUUGCUGCAAUAAGGGAGGAGAUUCCAUUUGCACUGAAAGCUGCAGCAAACCCAGCCUGUAUGGUCUUGGACUCCUUGGAAGACUUUUACAGUGGAGAAGUUGCAAACUUGGAUGGAAAGAAGAACUCAGAUCUACUGGGUUCACGUCGAACCUGCAUCAUGUUGAUGGAAUGUUUAAGCAUUUUGCUGAAAACUCUGGAUGUUGUCUCUGUUUCUGAAGUGAUUUCAGCUGGAGUUAAGGUGCAAGCAAAGAAAAUUGCUGGAGAAUGGAAACCGAAGUUGGAUGCUCUUGAUGUGGAUGCUAGUAAUGGCAACUCAUUGGAGGCUCAUGCCUUUUUGCAGCUUCUGGAUACUUUUGGCAUUGCAUCUGAUUUUAAUGAUGUAGAGUUAUCCAGGCUUGUACCAAUGGUCUCCCGUCGCCGCCAAGCAGCUGAUUUAUGUCGAUCUCUAGGGUUAUCAGACAAAAUGCCAGGUGUCAUCGAAGUAUUGGUUAACAGUGGAAGGCAAAUUGACGCAGUGAAUUUGGCUUUUGCAUUUGAACUGACAGAGCAGUUCUCUCCAGUGCCAUUGCUGAAAUCCUAUCUAAAGGAGGCGAAGAAGGUGUCUUCACCAGUCAAAUCUGGAAAUGCAUCCUCCACUGCACAGAAUGAUGUUAGUGACAGAGAGCUGACCGCCCUCAAGGCCGUAGUCAAGUGCAUUGAAGAGCACAAACUCGAACACCAAUAUCCAGUCGACCCUCUUCAAAAACGGGUUCUCCAGCUCGAGAAAGCCAAGGCUGACAAGAAAAGGGUGACUGAGGCAACAAAACCUCAACCAAAGCGACCCCGUGCUAAUGGCGUUGGUUAUGCCCCGCUCGUCAAUAACAACAAUGUCACCGACAAGAACUUCUAUGCUAGAGUGACAGAUAGGUAUCCACAGUACAUGUAUGACAACAGACCCUACAUGUACCCGAGCCCCACCGACAACCAUUGCCCAUCCCUCUUGGGCUCGGCCACAUACAACAUGUCUCCUGCAGCUCAUGGAAACUACUUCGGCAACGCUUACCAGUAUCAAGCUGCUGCAUAUCUUCACUGAAUCAGAUCAAAGAUGUUAAGAGGUGACUGAUCCUUCGUUAACUGUUUAGAGUAUUAACCGUCAAUGGAUGUGGCAGUGUAUGAAUGAAAUUAGUAGUAAGAACUCAGAAACUUACCCAAAAACUCAAAAAGGAAAAAAAAAAAAAAAAAAGACCAAACUGCCUUGUUAAUUUCUGCUGUACUGGAUAAUAUUUCAACUCUCUAAUAUAUAUGCACAAACUUUGAUGUGUAA